CCCGGAGGUCUACUCAUUCGAUUCUUCGCUUAGCAACGCUCUCAACUGCCCAUACAUACUCAUGGAGUACAUUGACGCGAUCCCUUUAAACGAGCUGUGGUUUGACAGUCAAUGCCCAAAGGACCUUUUGGAGGCGCGUCGUGCUCGAGCUCUAGAGGAAGUUGCGGUAGCCAUGGUUCAGAUGGGCGCUCUCACAUAUGGUGAAGGCGGCUCACUCGUGUUUGCGGAAGGAGAACGAGAUCCCACUAUCGGUCCUAUGCGGAGGAUGGACAUGCAAGCAAUGCUGGACCGGCUGAAAACCGAUGACUCGGAUGAGACCGCAAUCUACUGCGAAGUAGAGCCGUCCAAAGACCCAAAAGCCUACUUUCAGUCCUUGGCAGAUAGGAGUAGGAGCCCAGCAGAUGAUUAUGGGAAGGGACUGCACCACCUCUUGCGACACUUCAUUGACUGGAUGCCUUGCAGUACUCACUAUAUUGAGCCUGGUUUUGUUCUUUCGCACCCUGAUUUUGACAUUCAGAACGUCCUGGUCACCCCCGAAGGCAAUUUGCGUGCGCUUAUUGACUGGGAUGGUGUGGCUACUGUUCCGCGCUGCAUCGGAAAUGAGCGCUACCCAGCAUGGCUGACUCGAGACUGGGACCCGGCGAAAUAUUUCUAUAACCCGGAGCCAGAUGAAGAUAUUCGAGAGAAUUCUCCGGAAGAGCUUGAAAACUAUCGCGCCAUGUAUCGAGGGUUUGUGGGAAAGGCCAUCAUGGCGACGAGGGCCGACAAUGGACAGGCGACCAGGAAUUCGAUGCUUUCGCCACCGCAACGCAAAAUUCUUUAGUGAUUGGAAGUCUAGAGAUCGCGAACACCGAUCCAGUCUCCAUGCCAGAUAUUCUACGUAAAGUAUUUGACCAGCUAAAGUGUCACGUCCCCCGCCAACCCUUGCGUGACAAAGAGGAAGGGAACGAGGCGAAGUCCAAGGAAGAGUCCACAGAGAAAAUCGACGAGGAAACCGAUGAUGAAAGCGGUGAUGAGAGCAGUGAUGAAGAUGACUUUUAUCUGUACGAUAUAGCUAUUGCCCUCGCUGCCGGAGAGCUAGAUGACUGCUGUCUUGCAAUGAUCAAGAGCGGCUUUCAAGCUUUGUUCGUGUAGCAUUUCAUACAUAAUAUAGUCCUUUAUUUGUCUUCUCUUGUCAGCU